GCCGUACCUGACCCGGGGCGCAGGAGCCCGGGUCCCCGAGUCCAGGGAGGAGGGGUUGCAGGCGGGGCGACUGGAAGCUGCCACCUCUGCUUAGCAGCAGGAUUUCCGCAUGGAGAGGGCCAGUGUCGCCCGGAAGAAAAGACUCGUGCCUUAGAUGUCUCGUGAUUACCUCCGGAUCCCUGGCCGCCACUUGGAUCUAGAGAAGAAAGAAGGCGCUUAGCAAAUAUGGCUACGGAGGGCCCUGCCACACGUCGACUCCAGGUGGCAGAACAUCCCAGAUUGCUGAAGCUAAAAGAGAUGUUUCAUUCUAAGUUUGGAUCCAUCCCCAAGUUUUAUGUUCGAGCACCAGGAAGAGUCAACCUAAUAGGAGAACAUAUAGAUUACUGUGGAUAUUCUGUUCUUCCCAUGGCAGUAGAACAAGAUAUGUUAAUAGCUGUGGAACCUGUGAAAACACACACACUCCAACUGGCCAAUACAAAUCCUUUGUACCCGGACUUCAGCACUACUGCUAAUGACAUUCAGAUCGACAAAACCAAGCCUCUGUGGCACAACUAUUUCCUUUGUGGAUUUAAAGGAAUUCAGGAGCACUUUGGUCUUAGUAACUUGACUGGAAUGAAUUGCCUGGUCGAUGGAAACAUCCCACCAAGUUCUGGCCUCUCCAGCUCCAGUGCUUUGGUCUGUUGUGCUGGCUUGGUGACUCUCACAGUGCUGGGAAUGAGCCUGUCUAAGGUGGAGCUUGCAGAAAUCUGCGCCAAGAGUGAGCGUUACAUUGGCACUGAAGGAGGAGGGAUGGACCAGUCCAUAUCAUUUCUUGCAGAAGAAGGAACUGCCAAGUUGAUAGAAUUUAGUCCUCUGAGGGCAACCGAUGUGAAACUCCCAAGUGGAGCCGUGUUUGUGAUUGCCAACAGCUGUGUGGAAAUGAAUAAGGCAGCAACUUCCCACUUCAAUGUCAGAGUGAUGGAAUGUCGGCUGGCUGCAAAGCUCCUGGCAAAGUACAAAGAAUUACAGUGGGAUAAAGUACUGCGGCUGGAAGAGGUGCAGACCACACUCCAGGUCAGCCUGGAAGAAAUGCUGUUAAUUUUAGAGGAUGCCCUUCACCCUGAACCCUAUAGUCCCGAAGAGGUCUGCAAGUGCCUGGGAAUCAGCCUGCAGGAACUCCAGACUCAGAUUCUGAGUCCAAACACACAAGAUGUGCCCAUCUUCAAACUCUACCAGCGGGCAAAGCAUGUGUACAGUGAGGCUGCACGAGUGCUCCAGUUUAAGAAGAUAUGUGAGGAAGCGCCUGGCAACAUGGUCCAGCUGCUGGGGGAGUUAAUGAACCAAAGCCACGUGAGCUGUCGGGACAUGUAUGAGUGCAGCUGCCCAGAGCUGGACCAGCUGGUGGACACCUGCCGGAUGUUUGGAGCUGAAGGGUCACGACUUACUGGAGCAGGAUGGGGCGGCUGCACAGUCUCAAUAGUGCCUGCUGACAAGCUGCCCAGCUUCCUAGCCAGUGUGCGCAGAGCUUAUUAUGAUAGGAGUGGUCGGAGCUUAGCACCCGAGAAGCAGAGUUUGUUUGCAACCAAACCUGGAGGUGGAGCUUUGGUUUUUCUUGAGGCCUAAACAAUGUAAGAAAUCUCAGAGAAACUAUUUAGGGCAUUCAGGAACUGGCAGGACUUCCUAUGCCACAGUAAAUUAAUCCUUUCUCUGUUUUGUAUUAUGAUGAAUGGUUGCUAUUAUUGAAAUGUAUUUCCAAAGAAAAGAUUGAAAGCUCUCUAUGCUUCAUAGUAAUUAUUUUCCAUCUUAAAAUAUGUUUUCUACCAAUAAGAGCCAAGAGUAUGCUUGGGCAGAUUUCUUCAGGAUGGUUUACUGAGAUUUACUGACUUCAGGAUGGAUGGCAAACACGAAAACACUCAAUACUGACCUCACGGGUUGAACUUGAAUAACAUGCCCUGCUGCAAUUAAACGAAUACAACUGAAUUCUA